GGAGGAGCCAGAGCUGCUGCCCUGGGAUUGUGUUUUCAUCACAGAUUUGGGGAUAAAACAGAGCUCUUUGGGGAUACGAAGCUAAUUUGGGAAUAUAACGAGGACAGAGGCAGAGCACCAUGGAUGGCAGCCUGGGAAAAGCAGAUGUGCCAUACUGGUUCUGGAUUGUCAGCUUCUGCGCUCUCCUCCAUGCCUUCCAUGUCACCUCUAUCAUGUCACCACCUCACCUGGGAGAGGAGUUCCUGGUGGCCUUUCAGCAGAAUGGGGACCAACGCACCCUCCGCAGUGACUUUCGCCUCCUCCUCCUCACUGGCCCCUCCCCAUCCACCACCGCCACCAUUUCCAUGAAAAGACCUGGAUUACGGAUGACAGUACAGGCAGCUGCUAACCAACCAAUCCUGGUGAAAAUCCCACCCCAAGCUGAGAUGGUGGGAAGCCAACUUUUUGAAAAUGCCGUGGUGGUGAAGACCACUGCUGCUGUCACCACAGUGAUGAUAAAUGACAAACCCUCUGCGGCUGACUCUGCCAUCAUUAUGCCAGUCCACAGAUGGGGGACGGAAUAUCACGUGGUCACCCCCAGCCCAGGCCCCGCCCGCUAUUCCCAAUUCGUAGUGGCCGCUUGGGAUCAACCUACCACAGUCAAUGUUCACCUCAAUGCUGACGUCACCUUCCGUGGCCAGUUGCACCCACGUGGUUCCACCAUCACUAUCCCACUGGAGCCGUUUCAAGCGGCACAGAUCCAGAGUGCGGCAGAUCUUUCUGGAACACGGGUUGUAGCGCAGAGACCCAUCGCCGUCUUCAGUGGCCACACCUGUGUGGGCAGGUUGAGCCGUUGUGAUCACAUGGUGGAACAGCUCCGCCCUGUCACCCGGUGGGGGACAACCUUCAUUGUCCCACCAGUGCCCUUCCGGGGACAAUCCAAUGUAGCCUACAUCUCUGCUGCACAACCAACGUGGGUCAAGGGUCACAGUGAGGUCACCGAAACCACACGAGAAUUACAACCCAACCACACGGUGCUCUAUGCUUUCCAGUCAGGAAAGGGCUUGUUUCUCACUUCUGAUGCUGGGAUCCAGGUUUUUCUUUUGGGGAAUGGCAGAAAUAGUGGUGCAGUGGCCUUUACCCCAUUUUUUGUCACUGUCCCCGAUGUCACCAGUUACUGCAACUCCUAUGGCAUUGUCACGCUGGAGGGAUAUGACAACCGUGUCCUGCUGGUAGCCAAGACAGCGGAAACUUCCAGAAUACUGCUGAAUCAGAGGCCAUUAGGGAGCACAACAUGGGAGCCAGUUCCUGGGACAGAAUAUUCAUGGAUUGGGAUAAAUUUGGGAAGCGGAUUUGGAAUCCAUCGAGUGGAGCAUGAGACAACGGCAUUUGGGGCAUGGAGCGUCGGGACAGGGGAGGGGAAACGCUAUGGAGCAGAGGGAGCCUGUGACAGUGACCCCUGCCGAAAGGUGCAGUGCCGCCCCAAGGAGACCUGCCACCUGGACAAGGGUACACCCACUUGCCGCCACGAUUAUCUGGGCACCUGCACUGGCUCCUCAUCCCUGCAAUACCACACUUUUGACGGGGCCUCUGUGUCCAUCCAUGGAGGCUGCAGGUACACCUUGACCAGGUACUGCGGGGCCGACCCCACCCUGGAGCCCUUCUCCGUGGAAGAGGGGUGGAGUCAGGAUCGCUCUGAGGCACCAUUGGCCAACGUCUACGUCUACGCCUACGCCUACAAUGUCUCUAUCCAUGCCGGGGGGGGCAGGACCGUCCAGGUCAACAACAAACCCACUGACCUUCCAGCCACCCUGGAAGCUGGAAAAAUCCGGAUUUUCCAAAAUGAGGGUCGGACCAUCCUCCGGACAGAUUUUGGGCUGCAGGUGACCUAUGAUGAGGACCAGGUCAUCAUGGUGGCAGUGCCCAGCAGCUAUUUUGGGGCCACCUGUGGCCUGUGUGGCAACUUCAAUGAGGAUACAGAGGAUGAGGCAAUGGUUCCCAGUGGUAUUCCUGGUGAAGGUGAUGAAGGUUGGGCAGAAAGUUGGAGAGAUCCUUCAUGUCAGAAAGACUGUGGAGACCAGGAGAAUCCAUGGGACACAGAGAGGUGUGACAUCAACGCAACCAGCAACUCCAGCAGUUCCAACACCUCCAGCACCUCCAGCAGCUCCAGCAGCUCCAGUACCUCCAGCACCACCUCUUCUUGUUUCCACAACAAUCGCUUCUACAAGCUCCACGAGGAAUUUUGGGAAGACAGUAGCUGCCAUAAGUGGUGUCGGUGUGAGGGCACAGGGAUGGUGAAAUGUAACCCAGGAAAGUGCAAAUCUCAGGAGAAAUGUGUCACAAUCAACGGCGUUUCCACAUGUGAACCCAACCGGCACUACACCUGCAUCGGGACAGGUGACCCGCAUUACACAACCUUUGAUGGGAAGAGGUUUGACUUCCAAGGCUCCUGCAUCUACCAAUUUGCUGCCCUCUGCACCCCCAAACCCAUGCUGGUCCCUUUCAAUGUCACUGUGGAAAACAACCACCGUGGCAGCCGCGCUGUAAGCUUCACCAAGACCGUCACCCUGGAGGUCUAUGGGAGCAUCAUCAGCAUGAGCCAGGAGCACCCGCGCAAGGUCAAGGUGGACGGCACCUUCGUGUCCCUACCCUUCACCCACUCCCACUUUUCUGUGUUUCACCGCGGUGUCCAUGGCUUUGUCAUCACCGACUUUGGCCUCACCGUCACAUUUGACUGGUACAGCUAUGCUCGUGCCAUCCUCCCCAGCGCCUACUCUGGUGCCGUCUGUGGCCUCUGUGGCAAUGCCAACGGUGACCCCGAGGAUGACUUUGUCACCCCAGGUGGCCACCACGCCCUCAACGAGACCCAGCUGGGUGAGAGCUGGAAGGUGGGGGAUGUCCCUGGGUGCUCAGCUGGUUGUGGUGACCAGUGCCCAGUGUGUGAUGCAUCACGGGUGCAGCCAUACCGUGGGGACAGGUACUGUGGGGUGAUUGCCCAAGCAGGGGGACCCUUCCGGAAGUGUCAUGGUGUCAUUGACCCGAAGCCAUUCCUGCAAGACUGUGCCUUCGACGCCUGUCACUACAGGGGACACCGCGACACUGUGUGUCAAGGUGUUGCUGCCUAUGUCACCGCGUGCCAGAGUCACGGGGUAGAUGUGGAGACAUGGAGGACAGCAGAGUUCUGUGAUCUUUCCUGCCCUCCCCACUCUCACUAUGAGCUUUGUGGGAGCCCCUGCCAGCCCACCUGCCUCACCCCCUCCAUCCCUGCUGCCUGUCCCGACUCAUCUUGCUCUGAAGGCUGUUUCUGUGACCAUGGUUACGUCCUCAGUGGCUCUGACUGUGUUCCCCGCUCUGAGUGUGGCUGUGAGUACCAUGGUCGCUACUACCAGAAGGACAUAGAGUUUUACCCCUCAUGCCGGGAACGCUGCCGCUGUGGAGCUGAUGGUGCGGUGACAUGCCAGGAAGCAUACUGUGGUGCUCAUGAAGAAUGUCGGGUGGAAGAUGGGGUGUUGGGGUGCCACCCCACUGGUUACGGACGGUUGGUUGUAUCAGGGGACCCCCACUAUGUCACCUUCGAUGGACGAACCUUCAAUAUCCCAGGAUCCUGCACCUACAUCCUGGCACGGUUGUGCGAGCCGGCACCACGGUUGGUCAACUUCACAGUGUUGGUGGAGCAUGAGGCGGGCAGUCAUGGUGACCCAGUGACGAUGAAGAGGGUGGUGGUGUCCAUCCAUGGGUACAUCAUCACCAUGGAGCGGGGACGGAGGUGGGAGGUGCAGGUGGACUCAGAGCGCUACACCCUCCCACUGGUGCUGGAGGACAACAAACUCCGCGUUGGCCAAGAAGGGAAUAACAUUGUCCUCCACACCGCUGCGGGAGUUCGUGUCCUCUACAACGUUGCUACCUUCCUGCUCAUUACUGUUCCCGACGUCUAUCGUGGCCGGCUCUGCGGGUUGGGCGGUGACUAUGACGGGGACCCCAGUGAUGACUUCCGGCUGCCCACAGGGGCACUCGCGAGAAACACCCAGGAAUUCAUCACCUCCUGGAAGAUUCCAGAGAAGGAUGGAGCGUGCAGUGAUGGCUGUGAGGACGGCACGUGUGGCGAGUGUGAUGUCACCAAUACAGCGUCCUACAACAGGAAUGGAUCCUGUGGGAUCAUCCGCGAUGCAGAGGGACCAUUCCGGGGGUGUCACCCACACGUCAGCCCCAUGGAGUAUUUCACUCACUGUGUCCACGAUCUCUGUGCUGCCAGAGGGGACCGUGGUGCCUUGUGUCAUGCACUGCAGGCAUAUGUUGCUGCCUGUCAGGCUGCCGGCGCCGUGGUUGAACCAUGGAGGACAAAGGAGUUCUGCCCCCUGUCCUGCCCUCCCAACAGCCACUACAAGCUCUGCACCCGCACCUGUGAUGUCACCUGUGCUGCCCUUGUGGGCCCCGCUCCCUGCACCUGGGGGUGCUUUGAAGGUUGUCAGUGCGACGAGGGGUUUGUCUUCGAUGGGGACACCUGUGUGUCACCUGAGCACUGCGGCUGCUUCCACAGGGGACGUUACCUCAAGGCAGGAGAGACUGUCACCUUCAACAACUGCUCCAAGGAAUGCCAUUGUCACCCAUCGCGGGGACUGGUGUGCCGGGAUAUGCAAUGUCACCUGGACCAGGUGUGUGUCACCCGUGACGGGUCACAAGUGUGCGCCAAGAGUGAAGGUCACUGCCAGCUCACACCUGGAGCCACCCUGACCACCUUUGAUGGCGUCCCUGGGCUUCUGUUGGCCAGUGGCACCUACAAGGUGUCGGCCCUCUGCGAUGAGGAGGCACCUGACUGGUUCAAGGUGGUGGUGGAGGUCAGCGACUGUCAUGACAUGAAUGUCCCAGCUGCCACGGCUGCCAUCGUCUUUGUCCGCGAGGGCGUCAUCAGUGUCAACGGCAACAUGGAAGUGUGGGUCAAUGGCCUCUUCACACGCCCCCCCGCCAUCAUCUCUGACUCCGUCUCUGUGACCUCAUCCCCUGGGAAUGUCACAGUCACCCAUCGUUCAGGGAUGUCUGUCACGGUCACUCGUGAUGGGGAGGCAAGCAUCACCGCGGCUUCGAACCUGGCUGCCCGUCUGUGUGCCCCCUGUGGUAAUUUCAAUGGAAAUCCUAGAGAUGACCUGAAGCUUCCAGAUGGACGUGAUGCCCAAAGUGUUGGCGAGGUGGUGGACAUGUGGAAAUCCCGGGAUUUUGCUGGAUGCCACAUCUCCCACCAGAUCCGUCAGGAAGUUGAUGCUCCCAUCUAUCCUGUCCCAUAGGCAGAUCCAGCUCUAAUUGUCCCAGAUUUAGGAAAAUUUUGGAUUUUGCCUCAAAUCCAUGAAAUUUUCCUGGAUUUUCCCCAAAAGGAUCAUCUCCGUGUGGAUCCAGAUGCCACAGUGUCCCAUCCGACCUCUGGAACCUUCAAAAAAUACCAAAUUCAGGUCAAAAAGACCUGAAUCCCCCUGCUUUUUCCCCUAUAAAAAUUAUACUUCCAUUGGAUGGUUAUGAUACAACAGUCAAUAAAUGCUUUUAAAGGGU